UCACUAGAAAAAGGAGGCUAAAAAUAGCCUAAAACUAAGAAAGCCAAGUUUUUAGGUAAGAAAUUGAUUAGUUGAGAAGUAACAUCAUGUAAUAUGUAGUAAGAUCCAAAGUUUUUUCAACACUUAAUUUCUCCUUUACUUUUUUGCUUAUUGCAUAUUUGCAUUGCCUAAAAAAAGAGCAACAGCAUUGCAUAGCAAUAUGCAGAGGAGCAAUAACAGUUCAGAGAUGACCUUCCUAGUCGAAGACAUCGAAGCUGUCCUCGAAAUGAACAGAUUACUAGAGAAGGAAAACCUAGAGCUGAAACACGAAGUGACUCGUCUAAAAUCACAGAUUGCUUCCUCGAAAGCUCAUGAUAUCGAGAGGAAAUCGACUUUGUGGAAGAAGUUGCAGUAUCCCAGCAGUGUGGGAAAUAAUAAAGAGGAAAGUUUACAGAAACAGACACUUCAGAGUCUUCAGACAUCAGAACAGCUACGUACACCAGUGUCAGAAAGUAAAAAACCGUCGCCACCUCCACCACCACCUUGUAAGCAGAUUAUUCCUCGGGAUUCAGACAUUGGAUCAAUGAAUAAUGGUCCGCCACCACCACCACCGCCACUGCCUUCUAAACUACUGCUAGGCUCUAAGUUAGCAGUUCGUCGAGUUCCUGAGGUAAUUGAGUUUUAUCGUUACCUCAACAAGAGAAAUGCCAAGAUAGAGAACAGAACAAACAAAACAGUAGCUUCAAAGGAAGUCAGUCCAGGGAAUAUGAUUGGAGAAAUUGAAAACAAAUCAAUGUAUCUCUCUGCUGUUAAAUCUGAUGUUGAGAUGCAAUGCGAGUUCAUCAAUUACUUAAUAAGAGAGGUAGAAACAGCAGUCUUCACUGAUAUAUCAGCAGUGGAAGCAUUUGUAAAACGGCUAGAUGGAGAGCUGUCAAGUCUGGUAGACGAGAGAGCUGUACUGAAGCAUUUUCCGCAGUGGCCAGAAAGAAAGGCUGAUGCUCUAAGGGAAGCCGCCUGCUGUUUCCGUGACCUGAAGAGUAUAGAGUCCGAAACACUGUCUUACAAAGACAAUCCCAAACAACCAUUGCCUCAAACAUUAAGGCGGAUACAAACGUUGCAAGACAGGUUGGAAAGGGUAAUAGAAAACAUCGAAAAGACAAGAGAAGGUACGUGCAGAAGAUACAAAGAGAUGCAGAUUCCUUGGGAUUGGAUGCUGGAUACAGGCCUUGUUGGUCAGAUUAAGUUGAACUCAUUGAAGCUAUCAAGAGAGUAUAUGAAACGAAUCAUCAAAGAACUUGAGAGUUCUAGAUUGCCUAGUUCAGAAGACAUCAUACAUCAGGGUGCUCGUUUCGCAUAUCGAGUUCAUCAGUUUACGGGCGGUUUCGACAUAGAUACAGAGCAAGUAUUUGAAGAACUCAAACGAAUACAUUGUGCAAACGCUCCACAAGUUUGUAAGGCUUAAGAUAUGGAAUAAUCAGUUAUUGCAAAGCAAUAAAAUAAAUUAUAGUUUGUAAUAUAAUCUUCCAUAAUAUUUAUUAGUGUAUAAUAGAGUAUAAAUUAGGGUAAUCACUCUGUAUAAUUCUCCUUACUCUUGAACAAAUAGUUUAUAGGUAUUCCGUAUUUAGUUGAUACAAAUCAAUAGAAAUAUAGAGCACUUUUUAUAAUAGUCUAUCAUAACAUGGGAUUGUAUUAGGAAGAAAAACAUAGUUAUAUAAUUUUGAAAU